CUAGAUCCUCUUCUCCUCCUCCUUAUCCUUGUUCUUGUACUUACGAAAAUUUUGUUGCUUCUGUUGCCUCGGAUUUUUUUUUUUUGGAAUCGAUUGAGUGGUGCUUCGAAGUAGAUGGCUUCGAAUCUGGGCGGGAAAGUUUUGUAUUGUUUUUGGGUUUCUGAAUAUAAUGUUUGCUGGUUUUGAUGUUCGUGAAGAUGGAUUUUCUUUCGUUUUCUAUGUGGGGUUACAGUGUGAUUCGGCUAUCGGGGAUGUUCCGAGAGGGGUUUUGCUUUUUGUCUCUCCGUUAGAUGAUGGAUUGACUUAUAAAAAGUUAGUGUUCGUCUUUGUAAAUCUGAGAAUUCAGCAGGCAGCUAGUAACUAGUUUACUUGUCACUGUGAUAACACUUCCAAUGAGUUCUAAGAAAGCUUCGUGAGAAAAUUUAUUAUUGGAGGAUAGAUAUACUAUUUUCUUUCGAGGUAAUUGAAUGGCUGAGCAGGGCAGAGUUGUUUGGGAAGCUGCUUCUGAACUGUUGAGGACCAGAGUACUAGAGACACAAUAGAAAGUAAAUGCACAAAUAUUACUGUAGCACAGUUAUAUUGCAAAACUUGUAUGUUGGAAUAGUCAACAAGAAGAUGCAGCUUUUGAGUUUGCUUUUUGUAUGGAAGCUUAGUUGAGAGGGUAGCAGAGAAAUUUUAAAAGGAGAUUUCCUUUCUGUAUAGUGACCAAUUUCUGGUGUAACAUAAAAACCCAACUUUAUUUGCUUUAGUUGGAGGACAUCCAAUGAAGAUGAACAUUCAAGCUGACCAUUAGGUGCUAUAUGUACUCCAAAUGUGCAGGCAGGAAGCUGAUCUAGAUGAAAACUUGAGCAACACUGAAGGGCAGGAAGGAGAUGAAACACUGAAAGAAAAAGGGAAAAUUAAGAACAAAAGAAAGCGGAAAAGAAAGCGAAAAGAGAGCUCUAUUCCUGAUUUUGUUGACAAUAUGAAGGGGAUUAAAAGUGAUGCACAAAGUGUUCAAGAAGAGCCUGUGCCAUUGGCAAAUUUAGUUGACCGCUCGCUACUAAUUACAGAGGUUGUCAUGACAGUGGAAGAGUGUGGUACUUCCCUAAGUAAUAGUUCACCUAGGACCCAGGCAGAUGAUGCAGAUUUUGAGACAGAGUUUUUGAUUGCUGAAUCUGAACAAAGCAUAAGAAAGAAAAAAAAGGCAGGUAGAAAUUCAAGAAAAGGACCUCUUGAUGCUGAUGCCUCGAUGACAAUGAAGCAUUUUAGUCAAGAAAAUCCUAUUUGCAGUUCGUUACAAUCUUCUGACAUGAAAACCCCAACGGGCCUGACCAAUGAUCACAUUAACAAGCCUCCAGAGGAGGCACCGGAAGAUGAAACUUUUGUAGAGAAGAAGGUACCAUCAGCCAGGAGUGUCCCACUUGCAAAGGAAAAAAGGCAUAAAAGAAAGCAAAAACUGGAUAAGGGUUCAAUGACAGAAUAUAGUACAACUGCAGAACUCCUGGACAAGACAAGUCAGAGCACUACAACAGAAGGAGAGGUGGAUUGUGUGAGUGGGAAAUGCUUGAAGUCUAUUUUUCCAGCUGAAGCUGAUGUAUGCAGUAACAUGGAACAUAUUUUUCUCUCUGACAAUAAUUGUACGAAGUCGACAAAUGUUAAAACUAAUUUAAGUUUGUUGCAGGCUGAGAGUGCUGAUUGUGUGACAAAAGGGAAUCUAGAUAGAAAUAAUCAGGCAACAAUCAUCCCCUGUACACUAGAAGCUGAGAAACAUAACCACAAGAAGAAGAAAGAUAAGAAGAAAGACCGGAUUUCCUCUGUGGAUAAAAAUUUAGGGUCAUCAGAAGAAGCUGAGAAACAUAAUCACAAGAAGAAGAAAGAUAAGAAGAAAGACCAGAUUUCCUCUGUGGAUAAAAGUUUAGGGUCAUCAGAAGAAGCUGAGAAACAUAACCACAAGAAGAAGAAAGAUAAGAAGAAAGACGGGAUUUCCUCUGUGGAUAAAAAUUUAGGGUCAUCAGAAGCUUAUCCAUCAACGACGUCACUGCAUUCUUCAGAGUCCACUAUAAGUGAUGGAGUUUUAGGGCAUGUGCCCAAUGAGCUAUGCAAAUCAAAGAUGAUACAUGAUGUUCCUGAUGGUGAAAAUCUUGAGGAUGACAGGAAGCCGGACACUUGUCUGUCUCUUGUAAAUGAUGAUUCCAAUUUGCAGAGUACUUCUAGUACCCAUAAGGAAACCAACAUGUUGGAGAAACUGGCAGACUUGCACGUUGCACAACCUCUAUCCAGUCAACCCAGAAGGAAGUUGCUUAUUCUUGAUUUAAAUGGUCUUUUGGUUGAUGUAAUAGACAGUUUUAGAAGGCACCUUCCACAGCGCAAACCUGAUAAAAAAAUUGGCCGAAGAUUAGUUUUUAAGAGACCAUUUUGUGAUGAAUUUCUGGAAUUCUGUUUUCGAAGAUUUGAUGUUGGCAUCUGGUCCUCAUUAAUGAUGCGAAAUUUGCAGCCUGUUGUCGAGUUUCUGUUGGGGAAUAUGAGAAGCAAACUGUUAUUUUGUUGGGAUGGGUCGUUUUGCACAAUAACUGGUGUAUACACUAUUGAGAACAGGAGGAAACCAUUGGUUUUGAAAGAGUUGAAGAAAAUAUGGGAAAAAGAAUGGGAGAAAGAACAAUAUACACCUUCAUGCACAUUGUUGGUGGAUGAUUCUCCUUAUAAAGCUCUAUUUAAUCCUGCCUAUACAGGGAUUUUUCCUCGACCUUUCAUGCUUCACCAUGAGGACGAUAAUGCUUUGGGCCGUGGAGGAAAAAUUCGGGUGUAUCUAGAGGGCUUGGUAAAGGCAGAUGAUGUUCGAGAAUACAUAAAGAAUAAGCCUUUUGGUCAACCAGCAAUUACAACUAAUCAUCCAGAUUGGGAUUUUUACAAACAGGUGCUGGUCUCUAAAAUGGAGGACGACUCACAGAAAUGAUGCCCGGUAGAGUUAUUGCUGCUGCAACCACCUUUUUUUGGUUCCAGUUGGGGAGGUACUGAGUACGACCCAAAUGUAUAUCUGUUUAAUUGGAUUUCGGCAAGGAAAAUAGGAUCUGAUCUAAUGUACUGUUUAGAGAUGAAUUCGAAUUUAGAGUUGGAGAUCUGACAACGGUGGCACAUCACAUAUUUGAUAUGGUUCAACUUAACAAAAUUAUGUUUGAAUUAGACUGUAAAACCUAUCAGGUUAUACUUUGAAAAUGCCUGUUAACCAAGUUGGAAUCAGUUUCAUCUCA